CCGAAAGAUGGUUUCUGUCCAUGGUAUAGCUACGGUCGUUAAGAAAGUCUUAGAAACGUGGAUUGUUCAGGAAGCUGGAAUAAUGUCCAAAGGGCAGUGCGAAACUUUGUUACUUUCCGAAGAGACUUUCCGUACCUUACCAGCAAAAGAAGGAAAGUAUCCUAGAUAUCCACUUUAUUUGGAAAUUUCUAAAAAGUUAUACCAGUGGAUGACUACUGGGAAUUUUCCUGCAAAAAGCCAAUCUUGUGGAUCUCUAUCAGAGGAAGACUUCACUGAAGAGAGAAAAGAAAUUUCUGAAAAAAUUUGGCUUUUAUUGUCCUCCCUUAAUGAUUCUUGGACAGAAAUAUCUGAUAAAGAAAAGUGUCAACAGUUUUCAUCUAUCUUAAAAUUUCUCGGCGUGAGAGGACUGCUUGAUCUGCUUAAUAUUCGUCGCACGCAAGGCAGUGUUGAUAUUUUUCCUUCUCCUGUGGAAGUUCUUAUAGAAUCCUUUAAUAAGAAACACAGACCAAAUGCCAAUUUGACAGUUGGUGCAAGAGCCUUAUCAAAACAUUGCCACAGGGACUCCAGUGAAUGGUGGGGUGUCUGUGCAGGUAGCGAACAAGUUAAAAAUGAACAUGCUAAUACAGUUGUAAUGCGUAUACUAGAGGAUGCUUCAUGGAUUAAUAUCCACUGUCUGCCACAUGGACUUAAAGUUAUUGAAGUGAGGUGUAUUGAAGGAUAUGGCGCAAGAUGGAGUUAUGAUGGAAAAGUCUUCCGUGGAUUUCUUGAGCCUCAAAUGGAGGAUGGUCAUGCAGUAGGAUGGAAGCAUUGAACCUUGUACUCCACUGUGGUUUUUAAUUUUCCUUUCCAACUUUCAUUCAUUUUCUUGUAAAAUAUUCUAUUCUAAUCUCUUGUUCUGUGAUCAGCCGUGUAUAAAUUUACAAGGUCUGGCAAAACUUCCAUUAAAUUACCCCUCAAAGUUAGGGUUAAAUGUCAGUAUUUAAGUGACUCUCCUGGAUUAUCAGGGAAUCUCCUGGAUGCAGAAAGAGUCUCCCGGUCUCCCAUGUGGUUCACCCUUUCAAAGGCUUUGCUCCACUGUUGGCUAACAUCAUAUCACCAGAUUUACUCAAAUCAAAACAAUUUUUUUCUUGUUUCUCAAACUGGUCUUGCAGUUGUUCUUUGUUUUCUAUUUUUUUUUGUGGAAGGGAGAUUGAUUUGAUCAAAGUGGGCAUCUAUUUUUUAGUUGGCGAGGGGGAUGCAGCAGGCAUCUCUGCAACUAUGUCAAUACAAAUUUUGACCGCUUAUGCAAAAAUUGUAAGCAAAUGUUUUUGAAAUGUUUUUGGAAUAAUAAACAGCACUUUUCUUUUGCCUCAGGCUAAGGGGGCGGCAUCAAAGCUAAUAGACCACUUUCAUAAAU